GGGGUGGGGCCAGGGACAGUCAGGCUCACAGGGAGGAGCCGGUACACCUGCGCAAGACUGGAGGGGAGGAGCCGGUACACCUGUGUAAGACUGAAGGGGAGGAGCCGGUACACCUGUGUAAGACUGAAGGGGAGGAGCCGGUACGCCUGUGUAAGACUGAAGGGGAGGAGCCGGUAUGCCUGUUCAAGACUGGAGGGGAGGGGCUGGUACACCUGUGCAAGACUAAAGGGGAGGAGCCAGUACACCUGUGCAAGACUGAAGGGGAGGGGCUGGUACACCUGUGCAAGACUAAAGGGGAGGAGCUGGUACACCUGUGCAAGACUAAAGGGGAGGAGCUGGUACACCUGUGCAAGACUAAAGGGGAGGAGCUGGUACACCUGUGCAAGACUGAAGGGGAGGAGCCAGUACACCUGUGAAAGACUGAAGGGGAGG